AGCCUCCAGGCCAUCCGCCUCCUCCGUCUCUCUUCUCGCCUCACGCCUCGGUGCAAACCUGCCGCGAAAAUAGCAGCCGCCCGUUCGCUCUCUUCCCCUCCUCCCGCGAUGAGCGACGCGCGGGGAGGCGCCGCCGGUUCCGACUGCGACGGGGACGACUCGUACGACCUCCCGCACUCCGAGAAGGAGGCUGUGCCCGUGGCGGAGGCGGGGGCUGCUGCACCUGCGCGGGGCGGGGACGCUCCCCCGGACGACGAGCCGGAGAGCGACGACAGCGAGGGAGGGGGCUCCCCGGAUCGGGCGGAGCCCAAUGAGGACGCGGAUGAGGGCGGGGAGCGCGCGCCGGUGGCCGAGGGUGGCGAGGAACGGGAGGGGAUCGUGGGCGUCGCGAGUGUGGAGACGAACGGAGAGGACGCCAUCAGCCACGACGGAGACGACGACGAGGAGGAGGAGGAUGACGGAGGUGAAGACGAGGAGGAUGACGACGACGACUCCACCCCCGAUGCGUCACCGAGGGCGGAGAUGAAGGUGGAGGGCGAGAGCUCCACCGGGAUGGCCCAGAGCGGCGCCAGCCACCGCGUGGAGCCGGACCCCUUCCUCGACGGCGACGACUCCGGGUCGGAGGAGGAGCAAGGGGCGUUCAUGGCGGAGCUGGAGCGCUUCCACAGGGAGCACAGCCUCGAGUUCAAGCCGCCCAAGUUCUACGGCAAGGGCCUCAACUGCCUCAAGUUGUGGAGGCAGGUCGCGCACUUGGGAGGCCACGAGCAGGUAACGGUUUGUAAACUAUGGCGUCAAGUUGGAGAGACUUUCAGGCCACCGAAGACCUGCACUACUGUUUCUUGGUCAUUUCGAAUUUUCUACGAGAAGGCACUUCUUGAGUAUGAAAAACACAAAGUCCGGACUGGUCAGCUUCAAAUACCACCACCGGCCUUACCACAGCCUGGUGGUACUGACCGUGAGAUGGUUGUGAAUCAAUCAUCUUCUGCCAGAGUUAGAAGGGAUGCUGCAGCGCGUGCUAUGCAGGGUUGGCAUGCUCACCACCUCUUUGCCAACGGCACAUAUGGAGAUCACAUUUCAAAGGACAAAGAUACAGUCCCACUUUCAUGUCGUGAUAAAAACCUAAAAAGCUUUGGUGUACUGAAGAGAAAGAAAGCAUCUAGUCCAGAGUACACUCACAAGCCGUCCCGCACAAAAGUAAAUAAGUCACAGGAAGAUUCUAUGGUCCUUGAUGUUGGAGAACCUGCCGAUUGGGUGAAGAUCAAUGUUCGACAGACUAAAGAUUGCUUUGAAGUCUAUGCGCUAGUUCCUGGACUUCUACGAGAGGAGGUGCAUGUUCAGUCAGAUCCUGCUGGGCGUCUGGUUAUCACUGGGGAUCCGGAGCAGCCUGAUAAUCCUUGGGGGAUCACUCCAUUCAAGAAGGUGGUUAACUUGCCAUCAAGGAUUGAUCCUCACCAAACGUCCGCUGUUGUCACGCUUCAUGGUCAGCUAUUUGUGCGUGCACCAUUUGGGCAUGCUGAUAUGUAGAUAUGGCGUCCUGUUCACUUCAGUUUCCUUUGGCUGCAGUACCACUUCGCCAGUGGCAUUUCUGGAUAUUUCUAGGCUUUAAUGCAGUUUUGUUGAGGAAGUAGGAUUUCAUUUGAGCAGAUGCCAAGCUGACAUAGCAGAACCUAUUCUGCAGUUCAAGGCCGGUGUUGCAAUCUGUUAUUAUCUUGUUUACUAUUAUAGUAGCAAGCAUAAACUAGCUGGUUCAUGCAUGGAUUUCAGUUUUAUGGGUACAUUCUUUUAGAGAGAAAGGAGAUGCGGUGGCAGUAGGGCUAAGUUAAGAUUAGCUACUUGAUAUUCUGGUAUUAUAUUUCUGCUAUUAUUUAGAGAGAAAGGAGACAAUCUGGUCUUAACUUAUUAUUUCUCUUCUAUAUUGUAAACUAGUUGAAUUCGCCGCCCGUUGCCACGGGCACCCUUGAAUGAUAAUUUGUACGACUUACCUGCUGCA